GCGGAAGCGAGGCCAGUAGUGGUAGGUAGUGCGCGUGCGUGAGGCUAAAGCUGGGGUGCGGUCACGUGGGCCAGCGGUCCAGGGCCGGAAUGGCUGCAAGCUCAGAGAUAAUCAUUCAGGUCUUUGUGAGCUAAGGCCAAACAAACAAAAGAACACUUGCUUUGAUGGACUGAAUACUGUUAUUAGAAGUAAAUAUGGAAAAUGAACCAGACCAUGAAAAUGUGGAACAGAGCCUCUGUGCCAAGAUGAGCGAAGACGAGCUGAAUAAGUCCUUCAAUCUAGAAGCUUCACUUUCAAAAUUCUCUUACAUAGAUCUGGACAAGGAACUGGAGUUCAAAAAUGAUCUGAUUGAUGACAAGGAGUUUGAUAUUCCUCAAGUCGAUACUCCUCCAACACUGGAAAGCAUACUAAAUGAGACUGAUGAUGAAGAUGAGUCUUUUGUUCUUGAGGAUCCUACAUUGUUAAACAUUGAUACUAUUGAUUCUCACUCCUAUGAUACUUCAUCUGUGGCAAGCUCAGACAGUGGUGACAGGACCAACUUAAAGAGGAAGAAGAAAUUACCUGAUUCUUUUUCACUCCAUGGAUCAGUUAUGCGCCAUUCACUUUUGAAGGGAAUUUCUGCCCAGAUAGUGUCUGCAGCUGACAAAGUAGAUGCUGGCUUGCCUACAGCAAUUGCAGUGUCCAGUCUGAUAGCAGUGGGUACAUCUCAUGGAUUGGCUUUAAUAUUUGGAAAAGAUCAGAAUCAAGCUUUGCGACUCUGUCUGGGUAGCACUAGUGUUGGAGGUCAGUAUGGCGCUAUCUCUGCCCUCAGUAUCAACAAUGAUUGCUCAAGACUUCUUUGUGGCUUUGCUAAAGGACAGAUCACCAUGUGGGAUUUGGCCAGUGGAAAACUUCUAAGAUCAAUAACAGAUGCUCAUCCUCCAGGAACAGCAAUAUUGCAUAUCAAGUUUACAGAUGACCCAACUCUUGCAAUUUGCAAUGACAGCGGAGGCUCUGUUUUUGAAUUGACAUUUAAGAGAGUGAUGGGAGUGAGAACCUGUGAAUCUAGAUGUCUGUUCAGUGGUUCCAAGGGUGAAGUCUGCUGUAUUGAGCCUCUGCAUUCUAAGCCUGAGUUGAAAGAUCAUCCCAUCACACAGUUUUCAUUAUUGGCCAUGGCAUCCCUAACAAAAAUACUGGUCAUUGGAUUGAAACCAUCCUUGAAAGUAUGGAUGACUUUUCCCUAUGGCCGGAUGGAUCCUUCCAGUGUGCCACUGCUGGCCUGGCACUUUGUAGCAGUGCAAAAUUAUGUGAAUCCCAUGCUUGCCUUCUGCAGAGGAGAUGUCGUUCAUUUUCUAUUGGUAAAGAGAGACGAAUCUGGAGCAAUACAUGUUACUAAGCAAAAGCAUCUUCACCUAUACUAUGACCUCAUCAACUUUACUUGGAUAAAUUCACGCACAGUUGUGCUCUUAGACAGCGUAGAGAAGUUGCAUGUGAUUGAUCGGCAAACACAAGAGGAAUUGGAGACAGUGGAGAUCUCAGAAGUUCAGCUGGUCUAUAAUAGCAGCCAUUUCAAAUCGCUAGCCACUGGAGGAAAUGUUAGCCAGGCACUGGCUUUGGUUGGAGAGAAGGCUUGUUAUCAAUCCAUCAGUAGCUAUGGUGGUCAGAUCUUUUAUUUGGGUACAAAAUCUGUUUAUGUGAUGAUGCUGAGGAGCUGGAGAGAGAGAGUGGAUCAUCUCCUGAAACAAGAUUGUCUUACAGAAGCCUUGGCUCUUGCGUGGUCUUUCCAUGAAGGAAAAGCAAAAGCUGUAGUGGGAUUAUCAGGGGAUGCCAGUAAGCGAAAGGCUAUUGUUGCAGACCGGAUGGUAGAAAUCCUAUUCCAUUAUGCAGAUCGAGCUCUGAAAAAGUGCCCAGACCAAGGAAAAAUCCAAGUGAUGGAGCAGCAUUUUCAGGAUAUGGUGCCUGUCAUAGUUGAUUACUGCCUUCUGCUGCAGCGAAAGGAUCUCUUAUUUAGCCAGAUGUAUGAUAAAUUAAGUGAGAAUUCAGUGGCCAAAGGAGUAUUUUUGGAAUGCCUUGAGCCAUAUAUUUUAAGUGAUAAAUUGGUGGGAAUCACACCCCAAGUAAUGAAAGACUUGAUUGUUCAUUUCCAAGAUAAAAAAUUAAUGGAAAAUGUGGAAGCUCUCAUUGUACAUAUGGAUAUCACCAGCCUAGAUAUUCAGCAGGUGGUUCUCAUGUGUUGGGAAAAUCGUUUAUAUGAUGCUAUGAUCUAUGUCUACAACAGAGGCAUGAAUGAGUUUAUUAGUCCCAUGGAGAAACUUUUCAGAGUCAUUGCUCCUCCUCUGAAUGCUGGAAGAACGCUAACAGAUGAACAAGUUGUUAUGGGCAAUAAGCUUCUUGUAUAUAUUAGCUGUUGUCUAGCAGGUCGUGCCUAUCCCCUUGGUGACAUCCCUGAAGAUCUUGUUCCCUUGGUUAAAAACCAGGUUUUUGAAUUUCUAAUUCGCCUGCAUUCAGCAGAGGCUUCUCCUGAGGAAGAAAUCUAUCCUUACAUUCGGACUUUGCUACAUUUUGACACAAGAGAAUUUCUCAAUGUAUUGGCACUGACUUUUGAAGAUUUUAAAAAUGACAAGCAAGCUGUGGAAUAUCAACAGCGAAUUGUGGAUAUUUUGUUGAAAGUUAUGGUGGAGAAUUCAGACUUUACCCCCUCACAAGUAGGAUGUCUCUUUACCUUCCUUGCUCGGCAGCUUGCAAAGCCUGACAACACCUUGUUUGUAAACAGAACACUUUUUGAUCAGGUCCUUGAAUUCCUUUGUAGUCCCGACGAUGACUCCCGACACUCUGAAAGACAGCAGGUCCUUUUAGAAUUGCUGCAGGCUGGAGGCAUAGUUCAAUUUGAAGAGAGUCGCCUCAUCCGGAUGGCAGAAAAAGCUGAGUUCUAUCAAAUUUGUGAAUUUAUGUAUGAAAGAGAACACCAAUAUGACAAAAUUAUUGAUUGCUACUUACGUGACCCUCUGAGAGAGGAAGAAGUCUUUAAUUACAUUCACAAUAUCUUAUCCAUUCCCGGACACAGUGCAGAGGAGAAGCAGUCUGUAUGGCAGAAAGCAAUGGAUCAUAUUGAGGAACUUGUGUCCCUGAAGCCCUGUAAAGCUGCGGAGCUGGUUGCCACCCACUUUUCUGGACAUAUUGAAACGGUCAUUAAAAAACUUCAGAACCAGGUUUUGCUUUUCAAAUUUUUGAGGAGUCUUCUUGACCCAAGGGAAGGUAUUCAUAUAAAUCAAGAAUUACUGCAAAUAUCUCCUUCUAUCACAGAGCAGUUCAUUGAGCUGUUGUGUCAGUUCAACCCAACCCAAGUUAUAGAGACUCUGCAAGUUCUUGAGUGCUACCGUCUGGAAGAAACUAUUCAGAUUACUCAGAAGUAUCAGCUUCAUGAAGUCACUGCUUAUCUAUUGGAAAAGAAAGGAGAUAUUCAUGGUGCCUUCCUAAUAAUGUUAGAGAGACUACAAAGCAAACUUCGGGAGAUAACACAUCAAGGUGAAAAUACCAAAGAGGAUCCCUCAUUGAAGGAUGUUGAAGAUACUAUGGUGGAGACCAUUGCUCUUUGCCAGAGAAAUUCACAUAAUUUGAACCAGCAGCAACGUGAGGCACUUUGGUUUCCAUUAUUGGAGGCAAUGAUGGCUCCUCAGAAGCUGUCCAGUUCAGCCAUUCCUCAUCUACACUCUGAAGCUCUGAAAUCUUUGACCAUGCAAGUUUUAAAUAGCAUGGCAGCAUUUAUUGCACUUCCAUCAAUCUUGCAAAGAAUUUUACAGGAUCCAGUUUAUGGAAAAGGAAAACUUGGAGAAAUCCAGGGACUUAUUCUGGGAAUGUUAGAUACCUUUAACUAUGAACAAACCCUGCUGGAAACAACAACUAGCCUUCUAAACCAAGAUCUCCAUUGGUCAUUGUGUAACCUGAGAGCUUCAGUCACCAGAGGACUGAAUCCCAAACAAGAUUACUGCUCUAUAUGUUUGCAGCAGUACAAGAGACGCCAAGAAAUGGCUGAUGAAAUUAUUGUCUUUAGCUGUGGCCAUUUGUAUCACUCAUUCUGCCUUCAAAACAAAGAAUGCACCAUGGAAAUUGAGGGCCAAACAAGAUGGACAUGCUACAAAUGCAGCUCAAGUAACAAAGUAGGAAAACUCAGUGAAAAUUCAUCUGAAAUUAAAAAGGGAAGGGUAACCCCAUCACAGGUAAAAAUAUCUCCAUCAUAUCAUCAGUCCAAAGGGGAUCCCACUGCUAAGAAGGUACAUGGUUACUUCUCUGAGCAACUCCUGGUUUUAGAUCGGCUUUCUCUGCCAGUGUGUCUGCAGAAGCUGAGGGGCCAGGUGCUCUGGCUGAAGACUAUCCUCAGGCUGCUGGUGCCACUGGAGGUUCUCCUCCAGUGUUCUCCUCAAAGGAACCUCAGAACCUAUUCUGGAUCCACAGCAAAUCCAAGCAUUUGAUCAGCUUUGCCGUCUCUACCGAGGAAGUUCCAGGCUGGCUCUUCUCACGGAACUCUCCCAGAAUCGCAGCAGCGAGAGCUAUAGGCCAUUCAGUGGCUCGCAGAGUGCUCCUGCUUUCAAUAGCAUCUUCCAGAAUGAGAACUUCCAGCUGCAGCUCAUUCCCCCACCUGUGACUGAGGAUUGAUGACUCUGUGGAGCCUAGCCCAGGAGAACCAGAGAUGAUCCCAAGGCCGCUGGAGAGAGACCCCGCCUCUGGUGGGCUUGGCCUCCACCGCCUCCCACGCUUCUGAGAAGAGGUUCCAAAUUGGGAUCCUGUGCCCAGAGCGUCCACAGCACCAUUCCCAGCGUAGACUCCCAGUCUUCUCCACAUCGUUGUCAUGGCGUCAGUUCACCAGACUCGUUGAUUUUGUUUUGCCUGUUAAGCAAAGGAAUGUCACAUACCUCUGUCCAGCUUUUUAGGAAACACAUUUUGCCUAUUGGGACUUUUUCCAUUUCACCUGAAGCCUAGAAAGUAGAUGGAACUCACACAAAUGGCAUUCCAGAGUCUGCUGUACUCCGUCUCCUCCAGCUGCUGGAUAAUACAGAGGAACUUCAACUUCUACAGGGAACAGUGGUUGGCCAGGCUGCAGUAUAACUGAAACAUGCCUUGGAGAGAGCAGAGACACUGUGGGGGCCAGGGCCAUCUCCCUUUUAAUGUGUUCGUGUUAAAACCUAUUUGAGUAUAAGACUUGCCCUUUCUAACAAUAAAUGCUCUGUGUUUAAGUUCU